AUUGCUUUUGAUUAACACGUGGCUAUAUAUAUACACAUAGAUAUAUAUGAAUGGAAAUUUUUGGAGUGCAGAGAUGCAUUUCCUAUAUGAUGUAUAUUAUACGAAUUUAAACUAAUAAAUAAUAAAAUCGAUAUAAAUUUGUAUUCUUUUAUCCGUAGUAAAUUUUCACGAGAUUAUUCUUUUCUAAAUUGUUGGUUUACUUUUCUUACGGUAAGUGGUGAACAUGGAAUGCUUUUGGUCUGAUCCAUCUAAACAUCCACAGUGUCCACACGGGCCAACUUUGUUAUUCGGUGAAUAUGUGAAUGGUAAGCUGAAUAAGUUCUACACAUGUGCUGCUUGUCGCGAGAGAAAAUUGUGCAAGUUUCACUUAAAAGAAGGAGAAACAUUGACGAAGAAACAGGCAGCUAAAUGGGAACAAAAAAAGAAAGAGUUUUCUUCUCGUUAUCAUCACAGACCAUUAUAUGUUCACUUCAAUAAGAUAAUGUCUUUGCCACCGGAGAAAAGAUGUUAUUGUCAAACUUGUGACAAACUGAUGCACCAUGAUGAUAAAGACAAACAUCAAAAUCAUGAUUUACACGAAGGUGUUACGGACUAUCACAUGAAACAUCCAACAGAAAUGUUGAAACCCCUGAAAAAUUCUAGACAAGAAGCUCAGUAUUUUUUUUCAAAGAAAUCCACAGAAGAGAUGACAGACAUGCUUGCCAAACUAGGUGCCAAGCAAGUUCUUUGCAUUGGUACACCAAAAAUACAUGAACAUAUCUUAGAUCAAUACGAGGAUAAAAUAUCCUCUCUUUUAUUAGACCUUGAUGGAAGAUUUCAUAACUUUUUUGGUCCACUGAGUUAUUGCUGGUAUAAUCUAUUAAACAACCAUUUUUUUGAUGAAAAUGCUUUGCAUGUGUUUAAAGAUUUUUUAACACAAAAUGGAGGAAAAGAUACAUUUUUAAUAUGCGAUCCACCAUUUGGUAGCCGGGUAGAGCCAAUGUCAUGGACUAUCAAGAGAAUUGCUGACCUCCAUAAAAAAUGGAAUAAUAUAGAGGAUGAAAACGAUUGUUUGAAAAUCAUGUUCAUAUUUCCAUAUUUUAUGGAAUCCAUAAUGAAACAAAAAAGUAAUCCACCUGGUGUAUCUGGGGGUUUGAAGGAUUUGAAAAUGGUUGAUUACAAAGUAUCUUAUGACAAUCAUGCCUUAUUUGUGACUGAACCUAAAGCUAAUAAGCUUCCAUCCCCUAUUAGAAUUUUUACAAAUGUACCAUUACAUUUAGUGGAACUUCCCAAAGCAAGUGGUUACAAAUAUUGCAAAAAAUGUCAAAAGUGGGUAUCAGAAGAGAAUAAGCAUUGCAAGAAAUGCAAAGAUUGCACUUCUAAAAAUGGUUUGACUUACAAGCACUGCAAUGCAUGCAACAGAUGCGUGAAACCCAAUUGGGAACAUUGCAAGACUUGUUCAAAAUGUGCAAUGAAGAAUCACAAGUGUGGACAAAAACCUAAAGUUAAUGGUAAAUGCUUUAAAUGCAAUGAACUGGGACAUGUUCAGAGAGACUGUAAUGUUGAUCAAGAAAAUAAUGCAAAUGUAACAGAAACUAAAGAGGUUAAAAAACGUAAGGCUAGUAAAGACACGGAAUUAGUUAGUAACAAGAAAAAAAGAAAAGUAGAUAAUUCGGUAGAAGAUGCAGCCACGCCUGAAAGUAAAAAUGUUAAAGCAACCUUGACCGUCAAAAACCAGAAAAAAGUAAAAGUACGUGCCGUAAAAAAUGGAGUUACGAGUAAAAAGAAAAAAGUGAAAGAACAAAAAACAUAACAAUUUGUCUACUACGAAUUAAUGAUACUUCGCAUUUUGUAAAUAAAUUUGUUUAUCAACCCGAACAA